AGACCCUUUAGAAACCCUAAUGGGAUUAGGGUUCCUUACUCUCGUCGGUGUGACGGAGAAAGAUUCGACGAGAGACGCAACCUCAAAGUUUGAGAACCCGAUCUUGAACAAGCUCGAUGCUCACGUGAGUGGACUCUUGGAUUUGGUCUCGUCGGAAGAGGAUUUCGCCGGUAAACCGGGAAAGUCCGCUUCAUCCCCGGCGGCUUUUCAGGAUCUUGGUGAAGCUGUUGCUACAAUUGCAAAGGCUUCACAAUCUAGCAGCGUUGCUGUUGCUCUCUCCUCUCAUGAUAAUGAAUCCAAGCUUAGCUCUGUAUCAGCUUUAGAGUUAGAUUGUAGGUACAAAUCUGAGUCAAAGAAACCAUCUUUGAGCUCUGUUGAUAUCGUUGGAUUUGGAACCGGACCUGAGCUAGAGAACAAGCUCAAGUAUGCUGAAGAUGUAUCUUACGGCGUCAUUUUCGGGAGAGAGCUCAUUAACUCUCCUGCCAAUGUGCUCACUCCCGCUGUGAUUUCUGAUGAAGCAUCAAAAGUGGCUUCUACAUUCAGUGAUGUGUUCUCUGCAAACAUCUUGAACGAGGAGCAGUGCAGAGAGUUGAAGAUGGGUUCUUAUCUCGCUGUUGCUUCUGCUUCGGCUAAGGCUAAUCCUCCCUUCUUCAUCCACCUUGUGUAUAGACCUCCGAGUGGCUCUGUUAGAACCAAACAUGUACUUAUUGGAAAAGGAUUGACCUUUGACAGUGAUGGCUACAACAUUAAGGCUGGACCUGGAUCCUCUAUUAAUCUCAUGAAAUUUGACAUGGGUGGUUCAGCUGCUAUUCUUUGUGCUGCGAAAGCCAUUGGUGAGAUUAAGCAUCCUGGUGUUGAGGUUCAUUUCAUCGUUGCAGUCUGUGAGAAUAUGAUUAGUGGAACUGGAAUGAGACAUGGUGAUGUCAAAUGAUUUAUGUAUUCAGGUUUGAGACUUUCGCUGUUUAUCCUAUGGUGAUGCUAACUGUUGGUAAUGGUAUUUUCAGCUCAACAAAACAACAACACAGAUGCUGAAAGUCGUCUAACUCUUGCUGAUAACAUGAAUAAUUAAAUCUAAUUUUGUUCAUUAAUUGAAACCUGUUUGUAUUCCCAAAAUCCUAAAAUAAAUCAAUUUAAUCCAUAUAUAUUUGAAAUUUUA